AUAUUCUCCUAUGUUUUUUCUGAUUGUUUUCUUUGGUUUUUUGCUUGCCGGCGUCUUCUGGCUUAUCCCAAGGGAAAUAACAGCCCUAAUAAUUUUUCUUUGUAUCUAAAGGUUUCUGAUUAUGAAUCAUUACCUUGUGGAUGGAGCAGACACGUACAAGUUUGGUUUACUAUCGUAAAUCAAAUUCUGCCUAAAGUCUCAUACAUGCGAGGUUUAUAUUUCUAUGCACGCUUAAUAAGUAAAUGCAUUUCUAGUUAAAAUUUUAUGAUUCAUACAUGUUCGUGGGACUUUUGGCUGCUACGUGAUUCUAGUUAUGUAUUGGGCAAGAAAACUGUGUUUGAUCAGUUAUAUGUUUCGUGACUUUACAGAAGUACAACACCGGCUUGAUUCGAGCUGUAUCUACUGGGGUCUCCCAGCAAUGUUUCCUCUUACCGCUCUUAAGGCCCUAAAUAGUGGGUUUUUGGUGAACGGAGAAUUAAAGAUUGUUGCCGAUGUUAAAGUUGUUGAAGUUAUUGGCAAUUCAGAUGUAGCAAAAAGUCCUCUGAAAAGGAAAAAGCUCAAUGAUGCGGAAACCUUGUCAGUCAAUGGAGUUCAAGUUCUUCCUUCACAGGUGGAAUAUGUGAGCCGUAUUUUUGAAAAACAUCCAGACAUUUAUUGA